AUGCACCAGGCAGAGGUGCAGGACCCGCGGGUGCGGCUGAUAGUGGGCGACCAGGCGAAUGGGGCUUUCUUGGAGAAAGCGGUUGCUCAGAUAAGGAAUGAGGUGGGUCUGCUUGACUUCAUAGUGGACGAUGGUGGUCACACCAUGGAUCAGCAACAGACCUCCCUCAAACACCUCCUGCCUCUUGUCAAGCCCGGUGGAACCUACUUUAUUGAGAAUGUGGGGACGUCUUAUAAGGACGGCAUUUCUGAAGCAGACACUACUAUACACGUUAUGCAGUCUCUCUUAGAUGCGAUGAACAAGGAGUUUUUUCGAGAAGCAGCCAUAUUUCAAGAGCAUGGUGCAUGGGAAGUUUUAUGCAACCCCGGUGGAGAAAUUGGUGGGCUCUGUGCACUGCAUGAGGAACAUGUGUGCACUUAG